UGAAAAGGGAGUUUGACCACACGUUUGGGUGCCUCUCUGUGCCGUGCUGUGUAGAGCAGAUGUUUAUUUUGUGCUAAAGGGGAAACUCUUUUUGCUAAGCUUGUACAAACAUGAAAGGAGUCAGGUCUCAGAUGAUCUUUGUAGUUUUAUAUGCAUGUUCAUGAUCUCUUAAAAAAUUGGUCUUAAGGUCCUUUUCAAACCACUGUGAAUAUAUGUUUGUCCAUACACAUACAUACAUAUGUAAAUAUCUGUUCUUAUAUGCAUGUAAUUUCCAGCAGAACACAUUUGUAAAUUGAUGAGUAAUUUUUAGAGACUGCGUUAAAUUUCUUCAAAUAGGUGCGAUAGUUUUAAUCCUCGCGUCAGUUAGAGAGGUGGCUUGCCUGCGCUGUAAAUUACCAUUUCUGCACUUUUUAUUCUGUCUGCUUUAAAAAAGCGUCUCCGAGCCUGGGAUCCUAUUGGGCCCAUCCUAGGGCUACAGUAAUUGCCUGAUGACAACUGAAAAUGAUAGAAUAAUUGUCAAGAGAGACAUUUUUAAUGGGCAAGGUGAUUUAAGUAUGCAUGAACAAGCUAUGAGGGGAGACAGGCUUGUUUAUGAUGCAAGCCAGUAUAAACACAGUCAGAGGAUGACACGGAUAGCUGCACUUUUCCCACUGACAUGAGCAAGUUCUCACUGCAAACACCAACAGCUUUUUCCUCCGACCAGUUUGACAUUCUUCAUCUUCAGGUAUUAAGUCAUGAUGCAGGAAUCUGCGACAGAGACAAUAAGCAACAGUUCAAUGAAUCAAAAUGGAAUGAGCACUCUAAGCAGCCAAUUAGAUGCUGGCAGCAGAGAUGGGAGAUCAAGUGGUGACACCAGUUCUGAAGUCAGCACAGUAGAGCUGCUACAUCUGCAACAACAGCAGGCUCUCCAGGCAGCAAGACAACUUCUGUUACAACAGCAAACAAGUGGGUUGAAAUCUCCUAAGAGCAGUGACAAACAGAGGCCAUUGCAGGUGCCCGUGUCAGUGGCCAUGAUGACGCCCCAGGUGAUCACCCCUCAGCAGAUGCAGCAGAUUCUUCAGCAGCAGGUCCUGUCUCCUCAGCAGCUCCAAGCCCUCCUCCAGCAACAGCAGGCAGUGAUGUUGCAGCAGGAUUGUUUGGAUUCUGGAUUGGAAAUUUUCAGAGCUGCCUUGGGAAAAAAAUCAAAAUGGUUUAUUCAGCAACAACUACAAGAGUUUUACAAGAAACAGCAAGAGCAGUUACAUCUUCAGCUUUUGCAGCAGCAGCAGCAGCAGCAACAGCAGCAGCAGCAGCAGCAACAGCAACAACAGCAGCAACAGCAGCAGCAACAGCAGCAGCAGCAGCAACAGCAGCAGCAGCAUCCUGGAAAGCAAGCGAAAGAGCAGCAGCAACAGCAGCAACAGCAGCAGCAGCAGCAGCAACAGCAGCAGCAGUUGGCCGCCCAGCAGCUUGUCUUCCAGCAGCAGCUUCUCCAAAUGCAGCAACUGCAGCAGCAGCAACAUCUGCUCAGCCUUCAGCGCCAGGGCCUCAUCUCCAUCCCACCAGGCCAAGCAGCCCUUCCUGUCCAGUCGCUGCCUCAAGCUGGCCUAAGUCCUGCUGAGAUUCAGCAACUAUGGAAAGAAGUGACUGGAGUCCACAGUAUGGAAGACAAUGGCAUUAAACAUGGAGGGCUAGACCUCACAACCAACAAUUCCUCCUCGACUACCUCCUCCACCACUUCCAAAGCAUCACCACCAAUAACACAUCAUUCCAUAGUGAAUGGACAGUCUUCGGUUCUGAAUGCAAGGCGGGACAGCUCAUCACACGAGGAGACUGGGGCCUCCCACACUCUAUAUGGCCAUGGAGUUUGCAAGUGGCCAGGCUGUGAAAGCAUAUGUGAAGAUUUUGGACAGUUUUUGAAGCACCUUAACAAUGAGCAUGCAUUGGACGACCGAAGCACUGCCCAGUGUCGGGUGCAAAUGCAGGUGGUACAGCAGUUAGAGAUACAGCUUUCUAAAGAACGUGAACGUCUUCAAGCGAUGAUGACCCACUUGCACAUGCGACCCUCAGAGCCCAAACCAUCUCCCAAACCUCUAAAUCUGGUGUCUAGUGUCACCAUGUCGAAGAACAUGUUGGAGACAUCCCCACAGAGCUUACCUCAAACCCCUACCACACCAACGGCCCCAGUCACCCCGAUUACCCAGGGACCCUCAGUAAUCACCCCAGCCAGUGUGCCCAAUGUGGGAGCCAUAAGAAGGCGACAUUCAGACAAAUACAACAUCCCCAUGUCAUCAGAGAUUGCCCCAAACUACGAAUUUUAUAAAAAUGCAGAUGUUAGACCUCCAUUUACUUAUGCAACUCUCAUAAGGCAGGCUAUCAUGGAGUCAUCUGACAGACAGUUAACGCUUAAUGAAAUUUACAGCUGGUUUACACGGACAUUCGCUUACUUCCGGCGGAACGCUGCAACUUGGAAGAAUGCAGUACGUCAUAAUCUUAGCCUGCACAAAUGUUUUGUUCGAGUAGAAAAUGUUAAAGGAGCAGUGUGGACUGUGGAUGAAGUAGAAUACCAGAAGAGAAGGUCACAAAAGAUAACAGGAAGUCCAACUUUAGUUAAAAAUAUACCUACAAGUUUGGGCUAUGGAGCAGCUCUUAAUGCCAGUCUGCAGGCUGCCUUGGCAGAGAGCAGUUUGCCUUUGCUAAGUAACCCUGGACUGAUCAAUAACGCCUCCAGUGGCCUCCUGCAGGCUGUCCAUGAAGACCUCAAUGGUUCCCUGGACCACAUCGACAGCAAUGGGAACAGCAGUCCAGGAUGCUCACCUCAGCCACACAUACAUUCGAUACAUGUCAAGGAAGAACCUGUGAUUGCAGAGGAUGAAGACUGUCCAAUGUCCUUAGUGACAACAGCCAAUCACAGUCCGGAGUUAGAAGAUGACAGAGAGAUUGAGGAAGAGCCUUUGUCUGAAGAUCUGGAAUGAGAAUGAACUUGUGACACCUCAGUGUGAAGGGACAUAUCACUGACCUUCAUAACCACUCCACAACCAUGAAUAUUUGACAAAUUUUUACUGUGACUAUUUAUUAAGCAUGGAUAAAGGAGACAGCCCUAAAGGAACUUAAUAAGCCAGCCCUUUGGGAUUCAGAAUCAACAGGCAAAUUGCUUGUUUUCUUCUCUCUCUGUCUUUAUUGUUUAUUUCUUUAUU